UUCCAAGUUUCUCCCAUGCGCUCCACCUCCAUAAAAAAAAACUACCAAUAAAAGUCGGCGGUUCGGCCUGGUCAGCUCGGCCCUUCCCAAACGGGACAUUGAAAUCAUCGACUCAUUUUUUCCCCCUCUCCGCCCCGGGUAGGAGCAGGUAGAUUAGUUAGAGAGCAGCAUAGUAGUCAUGGCCACCCCCUUGACCGACCAGGAAAAGAGAAAGCAGAUCAGCAUUCGGGGCAUCGUUGGAGUGGAGAAUGUAGCAGAAAUCAAGAAGGGUUUCAACCGCCAUCUGCACUUCACACUGGUGAAAGACCGCAAUGUCGCCACGCAGAGAGACUACUUCUUCGCCCUCGGCCACAGCGUGCGGGAUCACCUGGUGGGGCGCUGGAUAAGAACUCAGCAGUUUUACUACGAGGUGGACCCCAAGAGGGUCUACUACCUGUCUCUGGAGUUCUACAUGGGGCGCACCCUUGCCAACACUAUGGUCAACCUGGGCCUGCAAAAUGCUUGUGAUGAGGCCAUCUACCAGCUUGGCUUGGACAUUGAAGACUUAGAGGAGAUGGAGGAAGAUGCUGGCUUGGGGAACGGUGGCCUGGGACGCCUUGCAGCCUGUUUCCUCGAUUCCAUGGCAACACUGGGUCUUGCAGCCUAUGGCUAUGGCAUCCGCUAUGAGUACGGCAUCUUCAAUCAGAAAAUCCGUGGCGGCUGGCAGGUGGAGGAAGCAGAUGAUUGGCUGAGACACGGAAACCCCUGGGAGAAAGCCCGUCCCGAGUAUAUGUUGCCUGUUCAUUUCUAUGGCCGUGUGACACAGACGAGCGAUGGUCCGAAAUGGGUGGACACACAGGUUGUCCUCGCUAUGCCCUAUGAUACCCCAAUACCGGGAUAUAUGAACAAUACUGUGAACACCAUGAGGCUGUGGUCUGCACGGGCACCCAAUGAUUUCAACUUGCGAGACUUUAAUGUGGGGGACUACAUCCAGGCCGUACUGGACAGGAACUUGGCUGAAAACAUCUCCCGGGUCUUGUACCCCAAUGACAAUUUCUUCGAAGGCAAGGAGUUGCGUCUCAAGCAGGAAUACUUUGUGGUUGCCGCCACACUGCAGGACAUCAUUCGGCGUUUCAAGGCCUCCAAAGGGGAUGGCAAAGGCAUGCGUACUUCAUUGGAUUCUUUUCCUGAGAAGGUGGCUAUCCAGCUAAAUGAUACUCACCCUGCCAUGGCCAUUCCUGAACUGAUGAGAAUCUUUGUAGACAUUGAGAAACUGCCCUGGGAGAAGGCAUGGAACAUCACUCAGAGGACUUUUGCCUACACAAACCAUACUGUUCUGCCCGAGGCCCUGGAACGCUGGCCGGUCCAUUUAAUGGAGACUCUGCUGCCUCGCCAUCUGCAGAUCAUCUACGAGAUCAAUCAGAAGCACUUGGAUAGAAUCGCCGCCCUUUUCCCAGGAGACUUUGAUCGUCUGCGCAGGAUGUCUCUGAUUGAGGAGGAGGGUGUGAAGAGGAUCAACAUGGCCCAUCUGUGCAUCGUGGGCUCCCACGCUGUUAAUGGGGUGGCAGAGAUCCACUCCAAGAUUGUGAAAGAUCAAGUGUUUCGUGAUUUUAGCGAAUUGGAGCCAGAGAAGUUCCAGAAUAAGACCAAUGGGAUCACACCUCGCCGAUGGCUACUGCUGUGUAAUGCUGGGCUGGCAGAGCUUCUUGCUGAGAAAAUUGGUGAGGAUUAUGUGAAGGAUCUCAGCCAGCUGAAGAAGAUUGGUGCCUUUGUCAAUGAGGAGACCUUCAUUCGGGAUGUUGCCAAAGUAAAGCAGGAAAACAAGCAGAAGUUUGCACGAUAUCUGGAGAAAGAGUACAAAGUGCAGAUCAACCCUUCCUCCCUCUUUGACGUGCAUGUGAAAAGAAUCCACGAGUACAAGCGCCAGCUUCUCAACUGUCUGCACGUCAUCACCAUGUACAAUCGUAUUAAAAAGUUUCCCACGAAGCGCUUUGUACCACGGACUGUGAUCAUCGGUGGCAAGGCAGCCCCCGGAUACCACAUGGCCAAGAUGAUAAUCCGCCUUAUCACUGCUGUGGCUGAUGUCGUGAACAGUGAUCCUGUGGUGGGCAAUAAGCUCAAAGUCAUAUUUCUGGAGAAUUACAGGGUAUCACUGGCUGAAAAAGUGAUUCCAGCCACAGACCUUUCGGAACAGAUCUCCACUGCAGGUACUGAGGCCUCCGGCACCGGCAACAUGAAGUUCAUGCUGAAUGGCGCAUUGACCAUAGGUACAAUGGAUGGCGCCAAUGUUGAGAUGGCUGAGGAGGCUGGAGAGGAGAACCUGUUUAUCUUUGGCAUGAGGGUGGAGGACGUGGAAGCGCUCGAUAAGAAAGGCUAUGUGGCUAAAGACUACUGUGAUAAGCUGCCUGAACUAAAGCAGGUUAUGGACCAGAUCAAGAGUGGCUACUUCUCACCCAAGGAGCCAGACCUCUUCAAAGACAUCGUUGAUAUGCUCUUGCACCAUGACAGAUUUAAAGUGUUUGCGGAUUAUGAAGCCUACGUUAAGUGCCAAGAUAAAGUCAGCGAGCUCUAUCAGAACCCAAAGGAAUGGACCAAGAUGGUCAUCAAGAACAUUGCUGCUGCAGGAAAGUUCUCCAGUGACCGGACAAUUAAGGAGUAUGCUCGAGACAUCUGGGGAGUAGAACCAACAGACCUAAAGAUCCCACCACCCAGUGAGCCACGGGAGGCCUUUGAAGAGAAAGCGAAGGCUACGGUCAAGCUCCAGAAGAUGUGAGAAUGCAUGGGGUCAGUCGGCUUUAAUGUGAUGUGCAAGUCACAGGUACAGCCAGGUCACUUGAAGUGGACUUUUCCCAGGAUGAAGUUGCCUUCACCAUUUCUGCUGUUUAUCCUAUGACCUACUUUAGGGAUGCACAAACAUUGUUAACCACAGUUGCCUGAUGAAAUAAUAGCACCUGGUCUCUAGGAGAUGGGUCAUGUAUGGGGGGCAGGUUGGUUAUCAAUUGCAGUUUGUUUUGCAUUGCAGUAUGCACAUUUUUAACACAUUAAAUGCAUCAUUUCCAAAA